AUGUUCAGUGAGGUGAAGAAGUUUGCCAAAGGCCACGCAGCUACUGAUAGAGAUAGCCGGAGUUCAGCCCAGAACAUGCCCAUUUUUGAGAGUUUGAGCAAGAUUGUGGCAAAAGAAGUUGGAGGCAAAGAAAUGAGGCAUGUCAAAUGUGUGGAUCAUGCCUCCAGCGUGAAGCUCUAUUCCUUAUUACUGGAGAAAAAGAGUUACACAAAGUUUUGGAGCCAAGAUGAAGAGCCGAUUGAGAUCUCCCUCCUGGAUAUUCUGGAACCAAGUUCUUCACUGCCAGAUACUGAGGUGAAGGGACCAUUGACCUUCAGUGACACUGUGCUCAAGAAACUGAAGGUUGCUGUGAACGUGGGUGCUGUGGUAGAUACGAACGUAUCGGUGGCAGCAUCAGAGUCCAAAAAAUCCACCCUCCAGUAUCAGAUUGUUACCGUCCCACCACCUAAAUUCGAAGAACUCCGAAAGAGGAAACUGUUGGACCCACAGCCCAGCUACAUGAAGCAAUACCGGCGAUCAGGGAAGAACCUCUAUGUGGUGACAAAGACGGUGGAGCUGCUCAACAGCCCUGUGCUGAGUGACAGCAGCAGUGGGGGUGUUUCUGGAGGUGUCUCCUUCCCUUGGAAUCCUGCCACCAAGGCUAAAGCAGAAGGAGAGGGUCAAACGUCGAGAGAAACGGCGCUGACUCUACAGAAGGGCAUGGUGAUGGCUUAUAAGAAGAAGCUGCUGGUUUGUGAGAAUAGUGGGUGGAGUGUUAUUGAGGUCUCGGAUGAUAAAAAGAAGAAAACCUUCGAAGAACUUGAGUUUAGAGGAAUAUCAAGAGGAAUCCCAUUUGCUUCCCUGAUCUCCGCAGAAAUGUGGUGUGGUUCUGUCAGUCCGAUCCCCCCGAUAGGAAGCAUAGAGGAACCCUCUGGGCAAGAUUUCAAAUGCCUGGAAAAAGAGGUUUUCAUGAACAUGGAGAAGGUGGCUUUGCUCUCAAGGAACAUUCGGGCUGUCAUGUUCACUAACAUCCAAGCUAUGCUGGGGGACCGACAGGCUCUGCAGGACCUCAUGGACACGCUUGACCAGGAGAAGCCCUUGGGUCAUUUGAGUGGCCCUGGUGCCACCAUCUUGGAUGAGCUGGGAAGGAUCCCAGGGUACCCACAUGUUGACCCAGUGGACCUCAUCCUUUACCUGCUUGAAGCCAUAAUGGUGCUGAGUGACACCCAGCACGCUCUGCUGGCCCAGUCCAUGGAGAAGAGGAUCCUGCCCUGUCAGCGGGAGCUGGUGCGGAGCAUCCUGGAGCCCAACUUCAAGUACCCCUGGUGGAUUCCCUUCACCCUUGACUCCAAGCUCCUCACCCCCCUGCAGGGUGAGGGUGUGGCCAUCACCUCUGGGCUGCUGCAGGAGUGUGGGCUGAGGAUGGAGCCGAAUAACCCCAGGUCCACCUGGGAUCUGGAAGCCAAGGAGCCCCUGUCAGCCCUGUUUGCAUCCCUAUGUCUGCUGCAGCAGCUGACAGAGGCCUGAUCCGCCCCCAACCCCCUUAGGCAUCCAAACCCGAGACAGACUCCUGCUCCAAACUGUCUGUGCUGUGUUGUCAUCCAUGGGCUGGGGGGACAUGGGUCCUUUCUGAAUGGGGACCAUUCAGGACUGGAGGAAAGUUCUGGGGUGAUGGAAAUACUCUACAUCUUGCUAAGGAUUAAUUAUUCAUCAAAACUCAACAAACAUGGCCUCCAUGGUGGCCUAGCAGUUAAGUCUCAGCGCUAUCACCACUAUGGCCUGAGAGUGAUCCCCAGCCAGGGAGCAACCCACAUGGCACAGCAGACCUCUCCUGUCUCACCUGCUCCCCUCAGCAGUGUAUUUCAAUAGAUCUGCCUGUUCUGCUCCCCACUCUGUCUCUGGUGAAUCCUCUCACCCCCUACACCUCUGGCCUACACCCCAGCUCUUCUAUGCAAAUAACAAAACAAAACAAAAACCCCAAAACCCAAACCAAAUAAACAAAUGGGAGGAAUCAGAAUAUGCAGCAUAGAACAAAGAAAGUACAUAGGCUGCAUUUUAAGAUAAUCAUUAGCAUAUUAAGAAAAACAGGAGAAAAGUGUUGCAUUAACGUUGCUCUUUAAAACACAACAUUGAGAGGAUACAGCAGAGCUAUUAGAAAUUAAAACUAUUAUAACAUAAGAAAGUC